AAAACAUACAUUACAAGUUUCCGUCCCCUUUGUUGGAAACUUUCAUCCCUCGUCACGCGUCGCUUGUCACAACAACAAAAAAUUAUGAUCAAAGUACGGUGUCUGUGGAGGCAACGUUAUUAGCGUCUUUAAGGCUUCUCUAUGCUCUAAUAAUGUGGCUGACACCUGUUAAGUAAUAUAAAUAGGAGCGAUCGGAUAUAUCGAAGGCCGCGAAAUAAGUUUCUCUUAAGAAGAUCCGAUAACAACAGUUCAGCGCUCAAGUUUAAUUGGUUCAAUUACGAAUACUUUAUCCUUGAUGAUGAUAAAAAAUGAUCAAUUAUUUUUGACGUAAUCUUUGGUUAUUAGUUACAACGUGACGAUAAGUAAUCUUAUCUUAUUUACCGGUAACUAUAUCGAAAUUGGCCUCGAUAUUUCUUAAAUGAGCAUCUAUUUGCGCGCUACAUUUUUAUUGAAUAAUUAUUAGCGAGAAAUGCAUACAUGUUUCCGCACGUGCGGAACAAUUGUACUUGUCACGUCUCUCCCUUUCCCCGCAAUCCUGAAGGAGAGAACAACGUGUCAGCUCCGAGCAAUCAUCGACAUAGCGAAUGUACAGAGGCGCGUUAGCGCACUCCCAUCUUCAGAUUUCCUGAAUGAGAAAGAGAGAGAGAGAGAGAUAGAGAGAAAGAGGCUCCGGAACGGAGCUUGAUACGGCGUGGCCGUAACAAGAGAUGGCGAGAACGCGUGUACGCGGGUGGAGAGGAGACCCGGGAGGGGCAGAAGGAAGAAUAUUGAUCGGGAGUAGGCAUGCGCUAUCGUUUUCGUCCCACCCUGCGGCGGCGGCGACCGAGGCACCGAGAGCUCAAGGUGGGCGACAAUGAAGCAUGCAUCACGUCGGUCAGUACUUUGAGGUCCACGCCGCGCCGCAACGAUUAAGAGUACAGCGCGCCUAGAUCGAGGAAGGAGCGAGCCGCCGCCGGUCGUUGAGCCCCCCGACGAGGGCGUGCCGAUUUGAGGCAGAGAGUCGUCUCUCCUCUCUCAUGCCGGGGCGUCGAACUAUGGUCUGUCGCGAAUCGGCGCAGAAUCGACGGACGUAACCGGGAAGAGGCAGCGACACGUAACGAGGAGGGCACUCAUUCAGCGACGGUGAUUUCACGGUGGCGGGCACACGGACGCGCGUAUAUAUAUGCGUGCGUGUGUGUACAUGUGCGGUAAUUGAGUACAGACCGUGUAACACCGUCCGCAUCGUCCGGGGCAUCGUCGUUUCCGCGGCGCACAUGCCUCGUUAGCGCUGGCCGAGGCCGGACUACUUUUGUUGGCCGAGCGAGAGAACCAGCGAGCACCACCGAGCACCGUCGCGGCCGGCGAGAAAUCCAGAAGUGUGAGAUAGAAGAAAAGAGGGCAGCCCGCGCUGAGAGACGAGGACGGUGAAGUCAUGUCCGACUUGGACGACGAGACCGACACUUCGUGCGGGGAGGAACAGAUUGUCGCGGACUGGGACGUCCAGAAGGAGUGGCUCGAGAGCAUAUUGUCGAAGCACCACGAAGGGAGAGCGGUCGACGUCUUAAAGUUUAACGUAAGUCCCGGAUGUACGACCAGUGAGAGCGUGCUGAGCGCUAUCACCAGCGUGACGGGGAAUUAUCUGGUAGCACUGACGACGGAUAAGCCGUCGGAAAAGUGCAAUCUAUCGGUUAUCAUAAAGCAACUUCCCAGGGAUCCGUUUAGCCGCUUCUUCGUCACGGAGGGCCAAUUCGAUCUCCGGGAGAUUAAGUUUUACACUCAGGUGAUGCCGGAUUUGAAGGAGUUCAAUCGAAGACAGCUGGGACCGUGCCCGGAGGAACGGAUUGUAUUACCGGUUCCCAUGUGCUAUCACGCUCACUACAGUCCGGCGAGCGGCACCGACGACAGUCCCGUGCCACCGGAAUCGAUACUCGUGCUGGAGGAUUUAGGCGCCGCGCGCUUCAAGAGCGUCAAGUUCUCGGAAGGAUUGACGUUGGAUCAAGCGACGGUCGCGCUGGACGCCAUCGCCCGCAUACACGCUCACUCCCUGUCGCUGAAAGUCGUGGACGAGGAAUCGCUCUCCGAGCGUUAUCCGUUUCUCUUCCAAACGGCGAAAGCGACGGAUUCCUAUCAGCAACUGGUGGAGCGCGGCUUGCCGCAGCUGGCGCACUUUCUCGAGAGCAGACCGGGACUGGAGGCGGUGCUCGAGACUCUGCUGGUUCUACGACCGCGCACCAAAGACAUAAUCUCGGCCCUCCUCGCUCCGGAAGGCCCGCUGGCGUUGAUAACGCACACCGACUUCUGGAGCAAUAAUCUGCUUUUCAGGAACGUUAGCGGGGUUACGGAGUGCUUCAUCCUCGACUGGCAAAUGGUCACUUACAGCCGGCCGACGAACGAUGUGGCAUUGUUGUUGGUGAGUUCAGUGCCCACUGAGUUACGUCGCAAGCACACUGAAUCGCUCCUCGACACGUACUGGAACAAGCUGAACUGGACAUGCUCGCGCCUCGGCCUAAACAUCCCCAAGGACUUGGGCUACACCAGAGAAGAUCUCAACAAGGACUACAGAAAGUCGCAGUUGCUGGCGCUUUUGCUUUGUAUCGGAUCGGUGGACGUCGCGCUCGGUGAUCCUCUCACAGAGCAGCGACUGAUCGACGUCCUCGAAGAUUUGUAUAACGACGGCGUACUAACGGACGAAGCCAUCAUCGCGACGAAUGAGGCCGAUUCUUAAUCCACAACUGCCACCGUUAAACGUUAGCGCAUGCACCGAAGAAUUAAUAUUUCUAUCCGGGCUGUGACGCGAGGCGAAUAGUUUUACGUGAAGCGAUAGACACUUCGAUAGUCCAUAGCUUAUAAAGACGCAGUCUUUGUGUUUUCAAUCCGAAGAAGGCUUAAGCCAGCAAUAACACGAAUGCGGGUAAAUGAUAAAAAGAUAGUUGCAAAGAAGCACGUCGGAAGAACAUAGUGGACGUUAGAAAGUUGCGCUACUCAAUCUCUUCUCUUUGCGACGAGAUAUUAUAAACGAGCGGGACAAAAUUGGUCGAGAUCAAUAUGUUUAAACGGCACGAUGGAUAUACUCGGUUAUACAUUAGUAUAAGCUUCGAGAACGUGUCGAUUAUUACUCAAAGGCUAAGGCUAAGCUAUUUUAACGAUCAUGCAAGAUUUACUUGCGAUUCGAUGAAAGUCUCAAAAGUAAGAUAAAAUUGGAAGAAAAUAUUCUAAGAGAAGCUACGUAAUAAAAAUAUCGAUUUCUCAUCAACAGAUAUAUUGAUUUUUCCGAUACGGUCUUUCAAUUCCGAUUACUGAGGUACAUCUUUAAUGUGCUGUGCCAAGUCGUCAAAGAUUUAGGCAAGUAGUUGUGAUAUAAUUGCUAAGAUGAAGAAUCAAUUAGAUUCGCGAUUAUUAUUAUAGGACAUGCAUCAAAGUUAUAGAGUAUUUUCGAGAUGUGCAUGAAAACAGUUACGUUCCAUCUGCCCGAAUACGUCCCGUGAUAAACUUCUUCCGACUAAUUAUUCCAGCGAGCGUGCUGUUUUGUUAACGCUAUAUACAAUUAUUGUAUUAUCCAUUUUCUCUGUAUAAACUAUAUUAUGGAUAAAAUAUACUUCGAUGUUAUCACGAAUAACAAACAGAGUUCCUACAUCAAUUAGUAAGAACAUACAUUCAUUUCUAUUCUUUUUUUUUUGCUGCGAAACGGAAUUCAUGGAAAUUCAACGAAAUAAUUCAUAUUAUCGAAAUGUUUUUCGCGAGGCACAAAUUUAACGUAAUAUUUGAAACCAUAAGCGAUCCGUUAACAACAGGUAUGUAAUAUCUACACGUAAUUAUACUGAUUUGUUAAUAUCUCAUCAACAUUGAUAAAAAUAUUGAUACUUUUGAUAUAAUUAUAAAAAAUAUUUAA